AUGACUUCGUCUGUUCAAGUUACGACCCUUGAUCAUCCGUAUAGUGCCCCUCACCCCGCUUGUCAGGCGAAAGCCCCGUUUGACGAUCCUGAAGCCGAAAUUAUCCUGAGGUCCUCAGAUAACGUCGAAUUCCGAGUUUUCAAACUAUUCCUAGCCUUCUCGUCAAGCAUUUUCAGGGACAUGCUCAGCCUCCCGCAGCCGUCUGACGACCCGCAAACCGUUGAUCUCACGGAAAGCAGCACCGUACUCCGAUUAUUCCUGCUUUGCUGUUACCCGGUAACAUGCCUGCCAACAUACCCCUUCCAACCUUCGGAUAUCGCAGAUGUAGCUGAAGCCGCGCAAAAGUACGAUGCACCGUCUGUGACCACGUACCUUCGCCAAAUCAUCUUGUCCCCCCAUAAUCUCCAGAACAAGUCCGUUGCAGCGUUCGCCGUGUGCGACCGCUUCCAAUGGCGCGAGGAAGCGAAGAAAGCAGCCUUUCACACGCUCAAACAUCGCCUGCCCACCGCGACCGGAAAGCGCACUCAGCGCGCUCAGCAGUGGUUCCUCGAGUCCAACGCCAUACCCGAGGCCCUCUUUAUCCAGCUCACCGACUACCACUCCCGCUGCGGAACAGCUGCUAGCAACGUCGGCAAAGAACUACGCUGGGCUAUCUCCUUCCCCACCAAGCGCCCGCGCCACCAGUGCGAACGGGUCAGCGUCCCGCGGUAUUCUGGGUUCAAUACCGGUGGCAGCAUCACGCUGCCCGAGUGGUUUGCGGAUUUCGUGAAGGAGACGAGCGAGCUGUUUGCAGGUGAUCCGGACGUGCAGUCUGUCUUGGCCGAUCAUAGAGUGAGCGAUGCGCUUUUGAUCGCUGGUGCGGAUUGUAGUGGAUGUAGGAGCGCUGCGCCGGUAUUUAUGCAAAACAACUUUGUGCCACAAUACAGGAGCCGCGUUGAGAAAGCGCUAGAGGAGGUUGAGCUAUAUACAUGAUAGUUCCGAUACCUAAUAGAGGUGCCAAUAAGGUGAAGUUCGCGCGCAGAACUUUCAUUUUUAUUACACAAUAUUCGUUCUCGAAAAUACGUCCACAAUGUGGAUGCGGCAGCUGCCGUUAUUAUAGCACUCCCUAAAACAUUUCGCACCCGCUUUCCUUCGUCCCGCUCCUUUGUCUCUACUGAGUAUUUUAGAAUGACUGCAAUAGUCAUUUGUACUAUCCAA